AUGCCAAUUGGUGUUCCAAAAGUACCCUUUCAACUUCCUGAAGAAGAUGAGGCAUCUUGGGUUGAUUUAUACAAUCGACUUUUUCAAGAAAGAUUACUUUUUUUAGGUCAAGAGGUCAACACUGAAAUAUCAAAUCAACUUGUUGGUCUAAUGGUAUAUCUCAGUUUAGAGGACAAGACCAGAGAUUUGUAUUUGUUUAUAAAUUCUCCGGGCGGAGAGGUAAUAUCUGGAAUGGCUAUAUUUGAUAUUAUGCAAGUUGUAGAAGCAGAAGUACAUACAGUAUGCGUAGGACUAGCCGCUUCAAUGGGAUCUCUUCUUUUGGUCGGAGGGGAAUUUACCAAACGUCUAGCAUUCCCUCACCUCAGGGUAAUGAUCCAUCAACCUGCUACUUCUUUGUAUGAGGGACAAGUAGGAGAAUGUAUGCUGGAAGCGGAGGAAUUACUGAAAAUGCGAAAAACUAUCACAAAUAUUUAUGCACAAAGAACAGGCAAAGCUUCCUGGCAGAUAUACAGAGACAUGGAGCGGGAUCUUUUUAUGUCAGCAGAAGAAGCUGAAGCCCACGGAAUUGUUGAUACGGUCGCAGCUUAAAUCCAAAAAAAAGGAGUUAACUAAUGUCAUUAUAUGUCAAAUAAUGACAUUCAAAAAAAAAGGAGUUAACUAAUGUCAUUAUAUGACAUUAGUUAAAUCCAAAAAAAAGGAGUUAACUAAUGUCAUAUAAUGACAUUAGUUAAAUCCAAAAAAAAGCAGUUAACUAAUGUCAUUAUAUGACAAAUAAUGACAUUCAAAAAAAAAGGAGUUAACUAAUGUCAUUAUAUGACAUUAGUUAAAUCCAAAAAAAAGGAGUUAACUAAUGUCAUAUAAUGACAUUAGUUAAAUCCAAAAAAAAGCAGUUAACUAAUGUCAUUAUAUGACAAAUAAUGACAUUAGUUAAAUCCAAAACAAAAAAGUUAUGUUAUCAUUCCAACAUACGUUCUC